GUAGGAUGCUUGGUUAUAUAUAUUAUAUAUACACAAUGUUGUAUGUCCUUCUUUGAUCAAUUACAUACGAGAUACAAUGUUGACAAGCUAUGGCUCGAGGUUGGAACUGCUACUGUUGAAUAAAAAACGAUCGAGCUCAUACUGUGUGAAAUUGCUGCUGCUUCAUGACGAUGUUAUAGAGCUCAUACUAGAGAGACUUCCUGUGAUGUCUUUGCUGAGAUUCAAGUCUGUAUCCAAGAAGUGGAAAUCCAUAGUCGAGGACCGUCGUUUCCAGGAAAGGCAGUUGAUCUGUCGUAAGCAAUUACGAGGUCCAGAUUUCCUUUUCAUGACCCUUCGUGAUGAUGGCCAGAACAUAAAGAAUGCUCCAAUUAUUUUUUCUAGGUCAGAAACAGUUUAUAAUAUCUGGUUCCGUUCUUUGUGCCGGUCGAUAUGCCAUGGUAGUUGUGACGGUCUAGUAUGCCUCUACGACACUCGUGUAGGUAUAGUGGUGGUGAAUCCCGCCACUAGAUGGUAUCAAAGUUUACCUCCUGCCAGAAUUCAACAGCUCCUCAACCAAUUGUUUAGACAAGGGGUGUAUGUCUCCCCAAGUCCUAAGCUUGGAUUCGGUAGAGACAAACUCAAGGGCACGUACAAGCCGGUUUUCUUAUAUAACUAGGGAUAUAGCCCCGCGCAAGCGCGGAGUCGUGAAUCUCUAAAAGAAUUU